GGCACUUGUAUGGAGAGGAUUGCUGGCCUCUGAAGGGAUUGAGCCAGUUCAGGCCAGCCUGCUGCUCUUUCUCUCCUUCUCUCCUUUUCUUUUCCCUCUCACUCUCUCUUCCUGUCCUGUCUGUUUAAGGAGAGAAAGAUUGGGAAAUUCCUUCAAGCUACUUUACUUCAGGUUUCUGUGGGAUUUAAACAUGCACACAGAGGUUUUGGUACAGUCCAGGUUAGUGCCAUUGUUUCUGAUUCUGCUCUCUACCGUGGAGGACACUUUGUUACAAUCGGUGAGCCAGGUGGGUGGUGUGUGUAAACUGUCCACAGAGUCAUCCCUGCGCCGCUGCCGGACACCUGAUGGCAAGAUCUGCAGUGGGAGGGGCAAAUGUGACUGCGGCGUCUGCAUAUGCGAUGCCACUGGUCCAGGGAAGUUCUAUGGGCCUCGCUGCGAGUGCCACGACUGGGUCUGUGCAGCACAUAAUGGAAAAGCAUGCAACGACCGUGGCUACUGUGACUGUGGGAUGUGUGAGUGUGAUGAAGGCUGGUUCGGAGAUGCCUGCCAGUUCCAGGAAGAGUGCAACCUACCCAGCAAGAAGAGCAAAGAGCUCUGCAAAAACCAACAGGGGGUGGUUUGCUCCAACAGAGGCACCUGCCACUGUGGGAGCUGCAUGUGUGACAAUGAGGACAACAAGGGUCUGGUGACGGGACGUUUCUGUGAGUGUGACGACAACGAGUGUCUCGAUGAGGACACAGGAGAAGUGUGUGGAGGCCAUGGCCAGUGUUACUGUGGAAACUGUUACUGUGCUGCUGGUUGGCAUGGAGACAAAUGUGAAUUCCAGUGUGAUAUCAGCCCAUGGGAAAGCAAACGGAGAUGCACAUCUCCAGAUGGCAAAAUCUGCAGCAACAGAGGGACCUGUGUGUGUGGGGAGUGUAACUGUUAUGAUGUAGAUCCCUCUGGCGACUGGGGAGAUAUUCAUGGAGACACCUGCGAGUGCGAUGAGAGGAACUGUCAUGCAACCUAUGACAGAUACACCGAUGACUUCUGCUCAGGUCAUGGUCAGUGUAAUUGUGGCAGGUGUGACUGCAAGGAAGGAUGGGCAGGGAAGAAGUGUGAGCAUCCUAUGUCCUGCUCCUUGUCUCUGGAGAGCAGUCUGAAGAAGUGUCGAGGAACGUCCAAUUUGCCCUGCUUCGGACGAGGUCAGUGCCAGUGUGGACAGUGUAUUUGCCACCCACCUGGGGACAGUCGUGUUCAUGGCAAAAACUGUGAGUGUGACGACCGUCAGUGCGAGGACAUCUUUGGAGAGGUCUGUGGAGGUCACGGUUACUGUUCCUGUGGACGGUGCAUCUGCGAGGAGGGUUGGUUCGGGAAGCUUUGCCAGUUCCCCAGGUCUUGUGAUAUGAGCGAUGCCCAGAGCAAGGAGCUUUGUGAGAGCUCAGACGGAGUCAUGUGCAGUGGAAAAGGUUCCUGUCACUGUGGCCGAUGUAUCUGCUCUCCCCAAGAGUGGUGGGUGUCUGGAGAGUACUGUGAGUGCGAUGACCGCGAGUGUGACAAACACGACGGCCUCAUCUGCACAGGGAAUGGGUUGUGCAAUUGCGGCAACUGUGAGUGCUGGGAGGGCUGGACAGGGAACGCUUGCGAAAUCUGGGUGGGAGCGGAGUACUGAGGAGAACGGGACACUAAGGUUAGAGACAAGAGGCCUGGCUGCCCGGAGCGACCAGGAGCACCACCAACCGUCACGACCAGGCUGGAAAAACACCACGGGAGGAGGGAGAAGACGCUCACAAACUUGGAUAUAAUUCUGCAUAUCACUAACAGCAUUCAUUCUUUUAUUGUACCGGUUACAAAUGAUCCUUAUUAAAUCUGGAUUUUGUAGAUGAAAAAGAAACAACCAUAUUUUUUUCUGUUUUAAACAUAUUACAAUGUAAACAUUUAUGUUUCCAAAACAGCUUCAUGUAUGAUUUUUUUUUUUAAAUUAAUGUAGGAACGCUUACACAUUCCAGAUGGCUGCACAUAAUAGGAUGCAGGCACAUGACAAAUCCAAAUGUUGGAAAGAGAAGAACAUGUUCUUUUAUUAAUGUGACAUUUUUGGAAUACGUGGGAUACUGCGGGGGAUAAUGGGGGUCUGUUUUUAAUUGGUACACAGUUAGGUGUUGUUCCCAAAUUGGACUGAAAGUUCACUUGAAAGCUCAAGGCAGAAGUUACUGUUUGAGGUUUUUAUUUCUUUUUAAUAAUAAAACAUUAAAUGUGCCGCAUGACACAACAUUUUGCAUGGAAAACGAUGCGAAGACCUUAAUCAUACAUGGUUACAAAUUUGUUAUAACAUGACAUAACUCCAAUGGGCAUACUUGCAAUGGUAUAUAUAUAUUUUUGAAAAUAAAUAAUUUUAAUAGUG